CGUAAAAAAAUCUUCGCGUCUACUAACUAAUCACGAUUGUUUUUCCAAAUUGUGGUUUUAAUUCAAAAAUCCGUUCUAAAAAUAAUAUUAGCAUUCAAGCUGUCGUACUGCAAAAUGCGAAAACGUUUAAUACAAUUUACAAAUUUUCUAUAAAAGCUCCGGUCAUUGCGUCUCGCGCGGGCGCACGCGAAUCAUUCGUUUCGGUGGAGAAUUCUCUCUUUCGCUCGGGCGUAGACCAACGAUUGUCCCUGGAACGCGCCCCACUUUCAACCCCUAGCGGAAAUAAUGACGUCAUGAAUGAAAGGUUUUUGUGAUAAAAAUCGGUUUGGAAAACGACAAACGCGGCGUCCAAAGGCUCGUACGCAUAUUAAAUUCGGGGGCGGUGAAAAAUUCUUCAACUCAUACAUGUAAUUUAUACAGUGGUGAAGUGUUUUAACGUACUAAGCACCGCGAAUAUAUAUCAGAGAGGUGAUCCGAGUGUAAUCGUUACAUGAAGAAAAACAUUGAGUAACGCUGCGUAACAAUGUCUGAUCACUUUGGGCCUAUAACCCUGAAAUGGGAUCCAAAAAAUUUAGAAAUCCGUACAAUGUCGGUUGAAAAAACUUUGGAGCCUUUGGUGCUUCAAGUUACUACACUCGUCAAUACCAAAGGCCCGAGCAAGAAGAAAAAAGGCAAAUCCAAAAGAGCUAGUGCUCUUGUUGGCACUGUUGAAAAAGCUACUGCUAACUUUAUUGAAAAAGGUGAACAGAUUGCUUAUGAGAAUCCUGACAUAACUGCUGAAAUGUUAUGUGCCGUAGAAGAGGUCAGAAAAACGGGUGCUGCCAUGAGUAUCGCUGCCAGAGAAUUUUCGGAGGAUCCAUGUUCUUCACUGAAGCGUGGUAACAUGGUCAGAGCAGCAAGAAAUUUAUUGUCUGCGGUGACACGUUUGUUGAUUCUGGCGGAUAUGGUGGACGUGCAUUUGCUGUUGAAAUCGCUUUAUGUGGUGGAAGAUGAUUUGAAAAAAUUGAAAAAUGCCUCGUCGCAAGGUGAAUUAUUGGAGAAUAUCAAGCAGUUUGGUAGAAAUGCAACGGAGCUUAUGAAUCAAGCAGCAAAGCGUCAACAAGAGUUGAAAGAUCCACAACUGCGAGAUGAUUUGGCAGCUGCUCGCGCAGUCUUGAAAAAGCACUCUACAAUGCUUUUCACCGCAUCCAAAGUUUAUGUACGUCAUCCAGAAUUGGCGGCUGCCAAAGCGAAUCGCGAUUACGUAUUGAAGCAAGUUUGCGAAGCUGUUAACACUAUGAACGAUGUGGCACAAGGGAAAACACCUUCCGAUGGUCAACAUCCUUACGAAGGUCCUGGUGAAUUGGCUGCUGCUCUUGACGACUUUGACGAAAGAAUGGUCAUGUCGCCUCUUGCUUAUAACGAGGUUCGAACGCGUCCGAGUCUGGAAGAAAGACUUGAGAGCAUUAUCAGCGGUGCUGCUCUCAUGGCGGAUUCUUCGUGCACUCGUGACGAAAGACGCGAACGCAUCGUCGCCGAAUGCAACGCCGUUAGACAAGCUCUUCAAGAUUUGUUGAGCGAAUACAUGAAUAACUUACAGCUCGCCCGGGGUGGGAAAAGGAUGGGCGUCAAGGAACAAACCGAUGGUUUGGAACGAGCUAUAGAUCACAUGUGCCGAAAAACACGAGAUUUGCGCAGGCAACUUCGUAAGGCCGUGGUCGAUCACGUCUCGGACAGUUUUCUCGAAACCAGCGUACCACUGUUGGUUCUCAUCGAAGCUGCUCGUAACGGACGUGACAAGGAGGUCGAGGAAUACGCCCUUGUUUUCACGGAACACGCGAAUAAACUCGUCGAGGUGGCAAAUUUGGUUUGCAGCAUGUCAGGAAACGAAGACGGUGUGAAAAUGGUGCGUUACGCAGCGGCACAGAUCGAGAAUCUUUGUCCUCAGGUUAUAAACGCUGCUCGUGUAUUGGCAGCACGUCCGCGUUCAAAAGUAGCACAGGACAACAUGGAAGUAUUCCGUCAAGCUUGGGAAAACGAAGUGCGCGUGUUGACCGAAGCUGUCGAUGAUAUAACAACGAUCGACGAUUUUCUCGCCGUCUCUGAGAAUCAUAUCCUCGAGGAUGUGAACAAGUGCGUACUCGCGCUUCAAGAAGGAGACGCUGAUACUCUCGACCGAACUGCUGGUGCGAUAAGAGGACGUUCAGCCCGAGUAUGCAACGUCGUACAAGCCGAAAUGGACAAUUACGAACCGUGCAUCUAUACCAAGAGAGUUCUCGAAGCUGUCAAAGUUUUGCGCGAUCAAGUUAUGCCCAAAUUCGCCCAGAGAGUGGAAGUUGCGGUUGAUGCUUUAGGUAGCAAUCCACCCAAAGAUGUUGAUGAAAAUGACUUCAUCGAUGCUUCAAGACUCGUUUAUGAUGGCGUACGAGAGAUAAGACGUGCUGUUCUUAUGAACAGGGCGGACGAAGAUCUCGAUCCCGAGGACGUGGAGCUCGAUGAGCACUAUACUUUGGAAACACGGAGUAAAUCGAGCGCUCAAACGGGUGAACACGGCGUGGACGAGUAUCCCGAGAUAAGUGGCAUAACAACGGCGCGUGAAGCAAUGCGAAAAAUGCCAGAGGAGGAUAAACAGAAGAUUUUGCAGCAGGUUGAAUUCUUUAGGAGUGAAAAAUUGAAAUUCGACAAAGAGGUGGCGAAAUGGGAUGACGCGGGCAACGAUAUAAUCGUGCUUGCCAAGCACAUGUGCAUGAUAAUGAUGGAAAUGACGGAUUUCACGCGUGGUCGAGGUCCCCUUAAAACUACGAUGGACGUUAUAACAGCCGCCAAAAAGAUUUCUGAGGCUGGUACUAAACUGGAUAAACUGACGAGACAAAUAGCCGAUCAGUGUCCCGAAAGCUCAACGAAAAAAGAUUUACUCGCUUAUCUUCAACGCAUCGCCCUUUAUUGUCAUCAAAUGAACAUCACAAGUAAAGUUAAGGCCGACGUCCAAAAUAUCAGCGGUGAGCUCAUCGUUUCCGGUCUUGAUAGCGCUACUUCCCUCAUCCAGGCUGCCAAAAACUUGAUGAAUGCCGUUGUUCUCACGGUCAAAGCUUCAUACGUAGCAUCCACCAAAUAUCCGAGACAAUCCACCGUCACCUAUUCACCGAUCGUAGUCUGGAAAAUGAAAGCUCCGGAAAAGAAGCCUCUGGUCCGCCCGGAACGACCGGAAGAAGUGCGAGCUAAAGUACGCAAGGGUUCACAGAAGAAAGUUCAGAAUCCGAUUCACGCUUUGUCCGAAUUUCAGAGUCCAACGGAGAGUGUUUAAGCCAGAAUAAAUUUUCAGAGGGAGAUAAAAUGGUAUACAGGUAUUGUACAACAAAGUUAGACGCGCAGGAUGCUCCGUAAAUUUAAAACAACAGCAAUUGUGAGGAAGCUCGUGCCUAGUCGAAUUCAUGCUUUGAGCACCGUCGUUAAAUAAGAAACGAUCGUAACUUUUCCCUACCGCCUUGUCUCUCGCAAUUUGAGACCGAGGAUCUCGUUACGAGUGGAGAAAAGAAGAAGAACAACAAAACGAAAAGUAUAAGGGAAGAAUAAAUCAAUGACAAUUUGUCAUUUCGUUAAACGUUUGUAUUUCGCGGAGGCUUGUGGUAAAUUUUUGGUAUCGUCAUCAUUGGAAUAUUCUUUGAUGAAAAUUGUACAAUCGAAUAUUUCGAAAUUUCGCUCACAUUUUUACAACUGAAUUCCUACAUUAAAAGUUCAAAUUUUCAAUAAUGUUUUCUAAUGCUUCGUGUAUGAAAAUUUUCGUCGUCUUUUUCACAUCAUGUAACGUAACAAAGCGGUUGAACUAUCUUAUAAUGAUCGGGACGAAUCCUAUUAACUGAAGUGAAAAAAAAAAAAAAAAUAAACAAAAAAUCGAUUAAACUUUUUGAUAACGAAGGUUCGUGACGUUUAUUGCGACACGACGUUCUACUUCUUUUCUAUUCUAAUUGUCUUGACGAAUAAAACUGUAUUUAACGUUACUUUAAGCAGCAGCUAUACAAACAUGCUAUCAUUUUUUUCGUCUAGUAUUGCAUCUUUAAUCAAGAGACUGCUGAUCGAAGUAUUCGAAGUAAAUGUAUAUAAGUAAAUAUAAUUUUAUAUUUAUGGGUAGAGAUUAUUUACAAAUGUUCUUUUUAUAUAAAUAUAUAAUAAUAUACAUAAAUAUAUAUAUUAUGGGAAAACAAUGAAGAACAACAACAGCAAAAAUGAAAUUAUGGAUUUGUUCGUAUAGACGUAAUUUGUUCUGCGUUUGUGACAGAACAUAUUUAAUCUUCCUUUUUUUCAACUGCACUACUAUUAUCGUGAGUGCAUAUCUCGUACAUGCCCGUGAAUCAAGUAAAAGUGCGAACUGACGAAUGGCAACUCGAAUUUAUAAUUGGCAUUCGUGCCAAAACGUGGAGGAUAGGUUAUUCGUUUAACCCGGAAUUCUCGAAAGAAAAUCCCUCCUCGGAAGGUGGUCCUUCCGUUUUUCGAUGAAACUGAAAAAAAAUAAAAACGAUACCUAAUGAUAAUAGUGAUAAUUGUUUUAAUUUGACGAGUUUUGAUCGCUGUACGAUCCUUCGGGGUCGAGGCCUAAAUAUUUCAUUUCUACCGAUCUCUAUCGAAUUUUUAUAAAGUUUUUUAAACGUCGAAUACCUUCCUCACAUAUCAUUCGUUUUUUCAUCUAACGAAAGUUGACCAACACGUGAAACACACCCUGAAAGAGUUCAAUCGACCGAAACUGGUGUGGGCUUCUCUGGAAGCAAUAUUUGGCAGUGUGAAUAGAGAAUUAGUAUUUAAUUAAUGAUAUAUACAUAUAUAAAUAUAUAUAUAUAUACAUUUAUAGAAAUAAUACGUACACAUUAGACAAGUAAAAAAUAGUGAUUAGAGUUUAAAGAAUGCACCACGUGUUUACCAAUAAAGAUUCAGUCAAAAUAUCAUGAGUGUGAUGGAACUUGAGAGCUGCAAAUUCUCAGUAGUAUUGAGAUUGUACUUGAGAAGGCAAACGGCAAAAAAAAAGCAUUUUUGGAUAAAAACCGAGAUAAUGUCUUGAUAAUUGUAGAAAUUGAAUGGGUACGAAGUCCUAACCGAAGGACGUGAGAAACAAAAAGAAGCGAGCAUAUUUCUAAUUAAUCAUUCCCUCUGCAUCGAUGAUUUAUGCUAUGCAUUUAGUUAAGUUUUUCUUGUGUCACGAAUUGCACAUUAUAGAAAGAAUUAAUGUAUUUGACGAAAAAAGAACGGCCGCGACGCUCAGAUCGCGUUAUUUUACUUUUUAUCUUGUGUAGAGAGACAAGUUGCAAUUUUCUUCAUUUCGUAUAGUAACUGAAAAAAAAAUAAUGAGAAAAAAACAAAUAAUAAUGUAUUCCCCGGAUUGGUAGAUUCGGAAAACGCGUACUAUCUAAUCGUAGCGAUAAGAUACCCACAAUAGUCGUCGAUGCGCUGCCAAAUAUAAGGUGAUGCUUUUUUUUGUUUGCGAUUAAGUUUUUCGUCGCUAUGCUCUCCACCACAAUUCCGAAUAUCUGAAACGAUUAUGAACAAUAUACGAUUUCAUGGCGCGAAUACGUUGGUUUUUUUUAUACUCUUGUAGCAACUCAAUAAUAAAAUCCAUUCAAAGGCAAUUACACUGUGUCAUAAUGAUUUGAAAUGUUCUACUACGUCAAGGACACUGCACAUAACUCGAUAGAAUUUUAAUAACGUAAUAAAUCGUGUGUAUCGACCUACGAUCUAAAUUGAGGUUAUUGAAAAUAUAUAAAUAAACGAAAAUUCAACGUGUCCAAACGUAACGUAUACCAUCCCAUUGUAAACUAUGUGUAAUAAAAAAAAAAUUGAUUGGAAAAUAAAAUUUUACACGUGAUUAACAGCCCAA